GAAAUACACCAGUAAGGCCAACAUAGACACAGCGUUCCAUUCCUCAUAAAAUGGAAACUAACUGAUUUGUAUUGAACAAAGUAUCGUUUGUUUGUAUUCCCUCAUAUUUUUCGCACAGUUGUUGGUUGACAAGCAUGCAGCGGUUGACUUUAAGGCGUAGGUUGUCGUACAAUACCAAUUCCAACAAGAGAAAGAAAGUCAAAACUCCGGGUGGCAAGGUUGUCUACAUCUAUGUAAAAAAACGUGGAACGUUUCCAAAAUGUGGCGAUUGCAAAAGUAAACUUUUCGGUAUCAAGCCAUCCAGACCGCGUGAAAGAACCUCAAUGAGUAAAAGGUUAAAGACUGUUAACAGGCCAUAUGGAGGUUCGCGCUGUCAUACUUGUGUCCGUAAUCGGAUCAUUCGUGCUUUCAUGAUGGAGGAACAAAAAGUCCUAAAACAACUCAUCAAGGAACAGAAAAGGAGAGAAAAGAAAGCCACCGCAGAACACAAAAAAUAAAUUAUUAAACAAAUUUCUUGGACGUCAAAGCACUUUUGAUAUGCUUUGUUGGUGUUGAUUACGUGUUUUAAAUGGUUCAUUCAGUGCUAUAAACCUUAUACUCGUGAAAACUAAAUUUGAGUAUGCAAGUGCCAUGUGUUUCUUAUCGUUCUCGUAAUAAAUUUGAUCAUAUUAAACACAGGUCCCAGAACAGAGCGCUCUCAUUUAUAUCGUGGGGUUAGAUGAACCUUGUUAUCAAGUAUUUUGUGUGCUCAGAUAAUCGAAAUUAGUCACUUAGUCGUAACAUCAUGGUACUAUGUAGUUCGUUCUCGAUUCCGGAUGUUCCAUUCAGAUCAUGCAGUUUCAAACCACUCGAUCAUUUAUAUCAUACUGGUGUCAAGAAGACCGGUCUCUGUAGAUCCAUGAAUUGAUUGCAUCAAGUGAUAUAUUAGGGUUUCUCACCUCCGUACUGCAAGCGAUAAUAACAGACAUGAUUGUGGAUCUGAACAUAUACUUGCUUCCUGUUAUCGCCUCAGGAUGUAAUCCGUCUUUUAAACCACACAUUAUGGCUCGAAGUGAUUCAUUUUUGUCGGAUGGUCUUAAGAAACAUUGUUGGCUUGCGACAUGCAUCACCUACGUCUUGCGUUUGGAUACUAGUGUAAGUGCUACUGAUGGUAUGACAGUUAGGGCUAGUCCGUAUAUGGUGAAUUUCAAAGUGACGGUCAAGGCAAACUCCAACACUAUCUUACAUGAAAAAGUUUGGUUAAUAUAGUUCUUUUCAAUAAUUUCUCAUCAGGUUCUACAAUUAUAAAUCCAGAUUAAUAAUGCAUAAAAUUGGCCAGAUUUAAGGCAAAAUACAUUUGGAAAUUGUAAUAUGUGAAUCAGGAAUUGUUUGUUAUAUAAAUAAAAU